CCUCACCUUGGCCUGUAAUCUGCAUAGGACAGUGGCCUGGUCACGGGGGCCCAUUGUGGGGAGGUCGGGAAGUUGAAGAACACUCUGGCCUCCUCCAUCAUGUUGGCCAAGAAGGCAGAACUGAAGAAAACAAACCUGAGCAAGAACUAUAAGACAGUUUGCCUGGAACUGAAGCCAGAGCCGACCAAAGUGAGAAGCUUUUUUGAGGCCAUGCCGGCAGCCAGGCCUGAGACCUGUGGGCAGGUGACUUGGACUCAGGGGUCGUUUGCUGUUCCUGGUGGCCAAGACCUUUCCCAGACAUAUGACUACAAAGGAGCUAAACAAGAAGGGCCGUUUACCAAACCAGGAGGGACACAGGAGCUAAAGAAUGAACUCAGGGAGGUGAGGGAAGAGCUCAAGGAAAAAAUGGAGGAGAUAAAACAGAUAAAGGAUGUAAUGGACAAGGAUUUUGAUAAACUCCAGGAAUUCGUGGAGAUUAUGAAGGAAAUGCAGAAGGAUAUGGAUGAGAAGAUGGAUGUUUUAAUAAAUAUACAGAACAGCAAGCAUCCCCUUAGAAGAGGACCAAAGGAGCAGCAGGAACUCAGGCUCAUGGGAAAGACUGACCCACAGCUUCGGCUCAAGAAAAUGCACGAAGCUGACGGAGCACCGCUGGCUCUUCACAAGAAUGUGGCACUACAGAAACCAAAACAGGACCCGCUGGAUUGCCUCCAUCAAUGUGAGACCUGCUGCGAGAAAUGUAUGUUGUGUGCCCUAAAGAGCAACUACAAUCAGGGGAAACUUCCACACCAGGCCUGGGCGCCCUUUUCACCCUUGGCAUCUGGAGCUGCCUUCUGAUUUACCUGUGCUUCAACCUCUGUGCAACUGGGGACAUGCUUCCAACCUAGCGCCGCCUCAGAACCCACUCGCAGCUCCGGCUCAUCCUCUCCC